CGAACCCUAUCAUGAGCGCGUACUUACCCUCAGAUGUCUGCAUGCAGAUGCCUGAUUCCUCCAGUUCCCAGUGCCGCCGUUGUAGCCUUGAUAAUGUUGAAGCAUCUCGAAGUCGAUUCCCUGGACCAUCAGACUCACUUUUUGAAAGGUACAAAAACUGCAACGUAUAUCCUCUCGUUCAUGAAGCAGACUCCAUCAAGGCCGAGAUGGGAGGUGCCAUGUGGCGGGAAUAUCUUUUGGACGCCAGAAUUGUACAACUCCACUCCACCAUCGCUUCCCUGACAGCCGAAAAAUCACGAAUCAAAGAGGUGGUCGAGAAAUACAGAUUGAUUCUACGCCCCGUUCUUAGGCUUCCGCCUGAGCUCCUUACUAGGAUCUUCGCUUUCACCGAAGAUUGUUCAACGCCGCAAGAUAAGGAUAAGGAUCGAUACAACGAGAAUCAACCACCAUCUUCCCUCGACUCAUCUCGUAUGCCCUGGGCUUUGGCACAGGUUUGUCGAUUAUGGCGGAACCUUAGUUUAGCGACACCGAGUCUUUGGAGAUUUGUUUCAGUUACCUCCAAAGUGUUUGAACAGUCGGACGAUGGCUAUAUAGAGAAUGCUCCAGGGAUUAUUCAGGCACAAGUGUAUCGUCUGAGCCUACAGCUACAGCGUUCCGGAGAAUAUCCACUCGACGUCUUCUCAUCCGUUCGCAAUUCGACCGCGGGCAUCGUAAAUCCACUACUGUCAUUGACCCGGAAGUCGGCAAUCUAAGGAGAAAUAUUAGUAUAACUAAAGAAGUACGUACCAG